AGUGGGCAACGUCCAUGCGCUCUCUCCCAAGUCACGCCACAGAAAGGCGACGAAGCACGGAUUCGGCGUCAUCAACACCCUCACACCUUUUUGGCAGGCUCCAAGCUUGCGGGGUGUUUCUCGGGGGGCGUCCAGCUAGCUUUCUUUUUGUUGUGCUCGGGUUUUUGUUGCAACUCUUAUUCGUGGUUUUGCGUGUGUGUGUGUGAGUGCUGCUUCGAACGUGAGGACGCCGUUCCCGCGAGUGAAGACCAGCACGACAACGUGAGGAAGGAGCGAGAGAGAUAGAUGUAAAGAGAGAGAGGGGGUGUACAAGUCAAGACUGCAACGGCGUCGCCGUCAACCUGCAGGGGAAGGCCCGACCCUCGGCGUUUCGAAGGGGAAAAGGAAGCCAGCGCCGGGGCGAACGACGUGCCCCUCUCCGGACCGCUCCUCCCUGCCAACUAUACCCGGGCGAGGCAAGCGCUGGCGGCCACAAAGCGGGCGGACGACAAAGAAGAAAGGGUCGCAGCAGACCUUGGGGGGCGACCGGUGCGGACGCCCGAGAUCGAGAAGUGCAUCAAGCGUGUGAUUCGAGGCGACGGCGUGCCCACAAAACCGCUCUGACAGUUCGCUUCCCAACUUCGAAACAGACGUGCAACAUUAAGAACGCGUUUUCUGAAGACCUCUUCCUGGACUUCACUCCCCCACGCAUCUGGGCGCCUCGAAGACUUCUAACGUGGCUUCUUCUUCGAACACUACUGCAAGAUAGACGACCGUGACGACUGUCUGGGAGUUUCCCUGCUGACCACGCACCGAAUGACCGAAAGAGACAAGAUAGUUUCAUGGGAACCGACUGCUUAUGCACUUCAUAAACGGCUGACGCGUCAUAACCGUCUGUGAAAGUUAGUCUUUGUUAAGUAGACGACAGAGUCUCGUGACGUUGGAAAAGCCCUACUUCCUCAAGGCUGCCACAAGAUACCUCAAGGCUGAGGCAGACGACAGAGUCUUGCAACCUUUGCAAACCUCUCGGCUUCCUCAAGACUGCCCCAAGCUUCCUCAAGAUUCAAGACUGAUGCAGAUGACUGAGCCUUGAUACCUCGGCAAAGUUCAUAAAAUCGCCCAUCGUCCACACAGCGAUCUCGUGUGUUCUCACAACUUAAGCUUUCUCAAGACUGAAGCAGAUGACACAGCGUUUUUUGGUACGUACGUCAAGAUUGCCUCAAGCUUUCUCAAGGUUCAAGCUCACUCAGGACUGAAGCAGACGACGGAGUCUUGCGGCCUUGGCAAAGAUCUUCGCUUCCUAAGCUUACUACAAAAGAGAAGGAUCAGCGGCGACGUCUGGAGUGUGGAACUUCCUUCUUCUGGACGAAGAAGAUCCGAGGCAAACGCUUGACUUCUGACCACUCUUGAACAGACGUUUUCAUUCGGACAGCUUACCUAGUGCUGUGUUUACAGAUGAAGGACUUGCAGUGCGGACCGGAAUUCCGAGUGAGAUAACCGAGCGUGUCUCUCGAUCUAAUCAUUGACACCAAUGCAGCUAUACGCUGCUGCUCGUCGCAUAUUCCAGAAACGUUUGUAGCGACCGAGUGUGAAGUUGCCUCUCCGAAACACGAAAGGCUAUCCUGCUUCCCGCAGCACUGUUCGCCACUUCGUUACGACCACUGCGCACAUUUCCCUUGUUGUCGGUGUCACCGGCACGUCACGGAUACAAGGCGGGGUGAAUACAAACGCGGAACUUUUCGGCAUUGAGUGCGCCAUAUAAGCAAACGACACAAACUUCCGCCACUGACUUUGUGAGGUCUCUGUUCUCCCCCUUCGCUUCGACAGGCCAAUGGAGUGACCAGUUUCUUGACUGUCUACCUACUGAACCGAACUUUCCGACACAGCCGUUGCCAUGGUCGCCGAGGAGAAUGGCAAGCCGUCGCCCGCCAAGAACGGCUCCACGAAGAAAAGCAGCAGAUCAACGACCAAAGAUGGGGUCAAGAAAGCCGUCUUAAUUACGGGUUGUGACACGGGCUUCGGCCACGAGCUGGCCAAGCGGCUGGACGCCGCAGGGUUCCAGGUGCUCGCGGGCUGCCUCAACCCGUCCUCAGAGGGCGCCACCAUGCUCAGGGACUUCUGCUCGGCCUCGCUGCGCGUCCUGCACCUGGACGUGACGCGCGAGGAGCACUUCCGGCGCGCCUCCAAGACCCUGGCCGCCGAGCUCGGACCCAGGGGUGAGUGUUAUACGAGCGCCAAGAGAAAGCUGUGGCCUCAUUGUCACUGCUUGGAGUGUCCCUUCUACUGCAUGUCCAAGCACGCCGUGGUCUCCUUCGCCGACGGCCUGAGACGCGAGAUGCGCAAGUGGGACAUCCUCGUCUCCACCAUCGAGCCCGUACUCUACAGGACCAAGAUGGCGAUGCCCGAGCACAUCCAGUGCACGGUCGACCAGUCGUGGCAGGACACCCCGGAGCCCGUGCGGGAGGUGUACGGCAAGACAUACUUCGAGCACUUCCGCUCGCGCUGCCUCGACUUCCUGUCGCGGCGCUGCCGGGAAGACCUCUACGAGGUCGUCGACAACAUGGUGCACGCCGUGAGCUCACGCCGGCCACGCCGAUCCUACUUCUGCGGCGGCGCCAGCGACAGGUUCCGGGUGGCCCUGCUUCGCGUUCUCUCCGCGAACACGGUGGACCGCAUGCUGUGCACCAUCAACCAGAGUCACGUGGGCCGCUCGAUCUCCGAUGGCUAACCGCCCGUCCACCGGUCAACAACUGCAUAAAGCCGAGCGAGUGUGUCGUUCCUCUGGGGGGGGGACAGGUUGAGUGCAUCUCCCGACCGCAAUCACAUUUCGUAUGCGCCUUGCCUACACACAGCGGUGUGUAGUCAACUUCUCAUGGUGAAGUUUGUCGAGCGCUGCUUUUUGCUAGCGGUACUUAUCCGGCUGCCUGUUUCAAAGAAAAUGCAUAUUGAGGCGCAGGUUUGGUCAAGAAAGGUUAAUGUUCCGGCAUAAAUAGAUUUUUAGGGGUUAUAUUUCCCUGUAUCUGUUUUGUAACGGUCUUCAACUGGCUUUUAAGUGUAAACUACGGCGUUGAACGUUUGAAGACUGUAAACUUUUUCUUCUCGAAUAAUCUAGCCCAUCGUCACCUUACAGAAAUUACCAGUUCCCCUUAUUCCUUGGUACUGAAAAAGAAAGUAGCACAGAUUGAUUCCUCCUGAGCGAACUAGGCGACCACAGUCGCCGAGCUUGGUACCUAUCAAGAUCCAUCGCAAUGUGCGAAAUCUGUUUGAAAUUAUGGAGCGGUCAAACGAGUCGUUUAAGCAGGAUAAUCACUUACAUCUGCCUUCAUAUGAAACGCCACACCGGGUAUAUCUUUCCCAAAUCCCAAGCAACAGUUCCUUUAGAAUGAAAGUGCAGAGGCACCAGGAGUUUUCAAGCGUGCAAUAAACAUAUAUAGAUUGUCUUCCCGAUAAAUUCCUAAGGGUAUGUAAUGCUAUAGCGACGAACGGCGUGGAAGCGGUGGAACUGUUCGUACGAAACUGCAACGUCUGGACGUAUCACUACUUAUUUGCCAUGACUGUGCGGAAAACUGUGACCACAUUGUUAGCGGAAUCGCGGACUUUAUCUACAGUGCUGAGAGCGCCGUGAAAGCGAAACGCUAUUUGACUAGCUUUCAACGUCGUGGACCACGGUUUGUGCACAUUUCAUGAUCAAGUGACUACCUAAUUAAGUACUUCGCGUGGCGAGUACCAGCGUUUUAGCCUCGAUCGUUAAUAACAAUCCUCAAAACAGGAGUGGUUUAACCACGCCAAUGCGCACACCUGACGACAAUGAAGCGACUUGGGAACAAGUGCAUCCACUGCUGAAACUACGUGGUGUGUAGAACACAAGGGACGGGGGGGGGGGGGGGGGGGGGGAAGCAAAAGUGGGCAACACGUGAGACACAGGAGUUGGCCUCUGGUGCCAGAAGGCAUAUAUGUCCUUGCAAGUUUCUUGUGUAAGUUGUCUUUGUGAAUAAACACGUAAUCGAAACGUCG